GUUCACAUAGGUUUUACUUCCGGGUGGAUGGUAUUCUCGAUGUUACAAAGCUUCUAAUUGGUUCAUUCCAAAACAGCCGUCCAAUAGAAAUUCUUGUUAUAUAUUUAUGCUAACUGAGUCUGUUUCCCGACUUGACAGCUUCUCCUUCAGCAUGGAAAGCGAAGAUUUUGAAGAGUUGACAGACGAAAAUACGACAGAGAUGGACCAGAAACCACAUGUAAGGAAACUCGAGGAGAGCACAAAGACCACGACGUCAUUUAAAACUGUAGCUGAAUUCCAUUCAGACGAUGAAACGGACGGAAAUGUCAGUGACGAAAAUGGGGGGUAUAUCCAACACACAAUAUCAGAGGAUAAGAUCAUGAUGCAGAUACAUCCAGGAGAUAAUCCCAUGCCAGAAAACCCCACAUGCACCAUUACAAUAGAGAGUCAUGAUCCCAAAACUCAGACUCUGGAGGUCAAAAGGUUUAUGUGCAAUUAUCAAGGCUGCAGUAGGAGUUAUAGUACAGCAGGCAAUUUGAAGACCCAUCAAAAGACUCAUAAAGGGGAGUACACCUUCAUCUGUGAUACAGAAGGGUGUGGGAAAGCUUUCCUGACUUCCUACAGCCUGAAGAUACAUGUCAGGGUACACACCAAGGAGAAACCUUAUAAGUGUGAUGGCUGUGAGAAAACCUUCAACACACUGUACAGACUGCGAGCUCACCAAAGAAUUCACACUGGCAAUACCUUUAAUUGUGAUGCAAAGAGUUGUCAGAAGACUUUCACCACCCUUAGUGACCUACGCAAACACUCAAGAACACACACAGGGGAAAAGCCAUACAGGUGUAAAGAGUCAGAUUGUGGGAAAGCCUUUGCAGCCAGUCAUCAUUUAAAAACACAUCAAAGAACGCAUACAGGUGAGAAGCCAUAUGCCUGCAGUCAGACUGGAUGCUACAAGUCCUUCACCACACAGUACAGUCUUAAAUCACAUUUAAAUCGGCAUGAGAGAGACAACCAUGGUAACACAGAGAAAGGAGACGGGCAGGACAUGUCACCAGACAGAGGCGAUGCAAAGAUGUGCUCCCUACCUAUCCCCAACAACACAGUGCUGUCAGCUACGGUUCCUCUAAUGCCGCAAGGUGCUGUCCCUUCUGUACCAGUUACUGCUCAACUUACGGCGUCGACGUUAGACGGGACUUGUCUUACUGCAGAACAGUUUCUCAACACUCUCACCAACACCUCACAAAGUCUCGAGCAAGUUCAGCCAAUGACAGAAAACUUCCUCACCCUUAACUCUGACUCAUACACAGAGAUGCCCAAUGUUACAGAGAUCAUUCAACCAGUGAUACCUAUAGAGCAGGUGCAAUCCUCAACCCAUCCACCUCCCAACUCCACCCCAGUUGCCAUGACAGUUCAACAUGUCUAUAUCACCAACACUGGGGGCAUCACACUGCCUGGAGAGCCUCUGCAAAUAGUGAUUCCUGGAUUACCACAACAACAGUCUGUGUCGCUGACGGCAAAUCGCACGCCGUUACAGACUGCGCCUGUUACACUACAGGACAACCAGGUAACCUUGCAAGGGAAUGGCGUAACAGUUCAAGGUAACCAGGUUGCUAUCCAAGGGAACCAGGUUUCUGUACAGCCCGGCAAAAGUCUUCAGGCAUCUCUUCAGUCAACCGGGUCGAACACGACAACACUAACGGUACCCAACCCUCAGAUGCAAAUACUGUCCAUAAAUCCCGGUUCAAUACCUGGGGCAGGCGACACAUGUACAUGCACUCUUGAGGCAGCAGAUGAACAGUGCCCGAUCGGGGUAGCGACAGGUAAUCAGCCUUUUCAGACGGUUACCUUGGAGGUGCGUAAUCCACCUGCGCAAGGAGUGACGUCGUUGGUGGCCCCUGAUCUCCUGCAAACUGCUGCAGCGACCACAAUUCAAACGAGCUCGCUACCAGACGACAUGGAGAGCUGCCAGCCUGAGAUCACACCGUGCUGCGAACUUGACGCGGUCAUCAGCCCAUUAGGCCCAACCCCAAUGGAGAUACCAACACCCACCAAUACCUCCUCGGCCAUCGCUGACCUGAAAGACUCUGCACUGUUGGACAGUGCCACAGACCUCCCUCCUUCUGCUAGUAGUGCUACCUCAUCACGUCCCCUUCAGUUGGUCAUUUUUUCUGGCUCUGCUGUUGAAGAGGAGGAUUCGGGAAAAUCAGAGCCUCCUACGUGUAGUGCCUCCCAGACAUCAUCCCAAAUCUCCCUGAAUGACUUUCUGGAUAUGUAACCCAUAUUACAAGGCCAUGCAUGUGCAUUUUUUGUUGCCAUGUUCAACAAAGUGUUUCCGUGACCAGUGUGCUGACCGUGUCAGAUUCAUGACUACACGGUUCAUUUAAAAAGCCUGGAAAAUCAUUGGGGUUUAGUGGGUGGACCUGGAAAAUUUAUGGAAUUGAGCACAAGCUUUGUAUUGUAGACUGAUCUAUAUUUAUGCAGGAAGGCUUAAGAACUAAACUGAGCUUAAAUCGUAUAUACAGUACAUGUACAUGUAGUUCACUGACUUUCUCUUGGAGAAAUUUUUAUUCCAGCAGCUUGGAAAUUGCUUGAUGCACUGCUGUGUUUGAAGAAGUUCAGCUAGUAGGUUUAUUUUACAUGGCUUGAAGCUUGUGCAUGCUUAACUGGAUAGUAGCCUGGAAAGUGCAAACUUUGGGCCUGAAAACGUUUGGAAAAAGCCUGGAAAAUUGAAAUCAUUAAGGUGUGCGAACCCCUUUCUACUUCCCCAUCUAUCCAGACCAGCUGUAAAUGCUCAUUUGAUGGGUUAAAAAUGGAACAUGCUCCAUUCACUGUAUGUUAACAGUCCGACAUACAUGUAUUUAUAGGAUUGAUGUUAUCC